AUGUCAACACAGUUUCGUCCAUCCCUCGCCCGCCUCUCCAAAUCCAUCAUCCACACUGCAACCUCAAUUAACAAUAACAAUAACAAUGACAAUAUAAACGUUGAACAAUCCCACGACCAUUACGCUCGUCCUCCAAAUAAUCGCCACAAUAAUAACGACAACGACUCUCCCAAAGCCUCUGCCUUCCUUUUCCUAGGCUUAAUAGUCUCCAUAUUCCUGCUAGUUCUAGCAUCCCAUUUCUUCUACUUAUACGUCGUUCGUAAAGAACCGUAUUAUUACAGCGUACAGUCUGAUAUCGAUCCUACAUUAUGGCAUGUGGAACGGGUAGUACCGCUUCGAGAACGACUAAGGAGAUGGCGUGGACACCCCAGGAGCAAUAGUGAUGUCUUCAGAGAUGAGGAUUUGGAAAGAGUCAGGACGGCUCUUAUGGUACGUGGGUGGAGAGGAAGGGUUAAUAGCGAUGGAACACCGAAUAGAAACCAUAGAGUGGUGGAUGAUAGAGCUGCUGUUGGCUUCGGAGCUGGUGGGAGUGCAGCUUGGGGGUUCGUCAACGGUAGCGGGAGCAAUACUGGUGACGUGGAGUAUGGCCCCAGGCAAUAUAUCGAAACAGAGGAUACACCUUUCUGGAAGGAGAGGAGGUGGGGGUAUACGAAUUACGGAACUUACGAUGGGUUUGGAACUUCACCCGGAGAGAGAAGAAAGAUGAUGCUUCUGGCCUUUGGGGAUGGACCAAGGACCCGAGGUGGGAAUGUUGUUCCCGGGAUGAGUAGUAGUCGUUGGCCUACGGGAGCCGUCACGCCAGAGUUUGGAAGCUAUGGGAAAAUCUCUACAGCUGGUGCCGGGGAGACCGGUGGCUAUGGACUCGCUGCGGCGUUUUCGUAUCACCCGUCGCCGAAGAAUACACAUUUCGUCACCCCGCCGAUUAGAGCUUCUAGUAAGAUUCUAGAAGGGUUGAGGCAUACUGGGCUACGAUAUAAGACGGAUAGAACUGCCAAGUUCCCGGAUGAUGAAUUACAAGAGCAUUACCAGAGCCUUUGCGAGUCUGAGGAUGCGGCUAAGAAGGAGUUGGAAGAGGCGAGAGAUAUGGCCGCCGUGAAGCAUACAUAUCCUUCUGCCGUUGAACAAGAACCCGAUCAUGCGCAAAGAGUUAUCGAGAAGCUUACGGAAUUGGAGAAGAAGUUGCUACAUGCUGUCAAAAGGAGAACAUUGUUUGCCGAUAGAUUCGCCAUGAGAGAGAGCGAAGAAGAAGAGAGGGGCGAGUCCAGUCGCGGACCGUCAGUGUCGGAACCUCCACCACCCUAUACGGACAUCGACGAGCACGGACUGCAUUUCGAUGAGGAUCACUAA